GUACGACUUCGUCAUUCCGGAACACACGCAUCCAGAAAUCGCACGGCAAUCUUAAAUUCUUACCAGGAAUAUCCUGUCCAAUUGAGUAGUUCCAGCAUCCAGAUCGUUACACGCGCCGAUCCUUCAAAAUGCCUUUGGUGGCACAGAAUCCCACGCCAAGGGUGAUCCUGGGUCUGAUGACUUUUGGCCCCGACGAGUCGAAGGGAGCCCGCAUCACGUCUCUGGACGACUACAACAAAUGUUUGGAUUACUUCCAACAGCAGGGGUUCAACGAGGUCGACACCGCCCGGAUCUACGUGGGGGGAGAGCAGGAAGCCUUUACCACCCAGGCGAAAUGGAAGGAGCGUGGUCUGACGUUGGCAACGAAGUGGUAUCCCAAAAAACAUGGGGAUCACAAACCUAACGUUCUCCGGGAGAACCUAGAGCUCUCUCUGAAAGAGCUGGGCACCAACCAGGUCGAUAUCUUCUACCUGCAUGCUCCGGAUCGCUCUGUUCCUUUUGCAGAGACUUUGGAGGCUGUCAAUGAGCUGCAUAAAGAGGGGAAGUUUGUAGAACUGGGCCUUAGUAACUACACGGCAUUUGAGGUUGCGGAGAUAGCCACUCUUUGCAGCGAGAGAGGGUGGGUGCGCCCGACCAUAUACCAGGCCAUGUACAAUGCCAUCACGCGGUCCAUCGAGACUGAGCUGGUCCAUGCCUGCAAGCGGUAUGGCAUCAACAUCGUGAUCUAUAACCCCCUCGCGGGUGGAAUUUUCUCCGGCAAAUACAAGUCCAAGGAUAUCCCCGCGGAGGGUCGAUACAGUGCCCAAUCUGUCAUUGGUGAAUUGUACCGCAAUCGUUAUUUCCAUGAUGCGACGUUCGACGCCCUGCGUGUUGUCGAACCUGUUGUCGAGAAGCACGGGUUGACAUUGCCGGAGACUGCGUUCCGCUGGCUUCACCAUCAUUCUGCUCUCAACAUGAAAGACGAUGGCCGGGAUGGAAUUGUGAUCGGUGUGAGUAACUUUGCGCAAUUAGAAGCCAACUUGAGAGAUGUUCAGAAAGGCCCGCUCCCAGAAGAGGUGGUCGAGGCUUUGGACAAGGCCUGGUUGAUCACAAAAGCCACCACUCCCAACUAUUGGCAUCUUGACCUGAAUUACACUUACGACACCAAGGCCUUGUUCGGGUCCAAGUCAAGCGCUUAGGUGUUGCACAAUCUUGACAAGUAAAUAGGUAAAUAUAUGAUCCAAAACGAUGAACAUAUAUACUUCGGUUGUUGGAAUUGAGACUUGCAGUGUCCCAAUCGGCAUCGUAGUGUCAUUACUACCUAGGUAGUAUGCAUACUGGGAGUUAAAUACAAGUCAUCCUGGAAACAGAAAAACCAUCGGAAGUAUCAUAGGCAGCUG